CGUCAAUGACACCCAUGACAGCUGUCAAUGCGGUAACAAUCUUUUUGAUUAAACGAUAAUUAUGGGUUCAGUGUUAUCGUAGUAUGUGUUUUAAUGAGUUUAAUGGCGCGGUUUCAUUGAUAUCACCAUGGCACAGUUAACUAACCCCAAAUCGUAAGAAAUGCAAAUUACCGAUAGUAAAACAUUCACAUGCGCAGUUACUAAAAAAAUACAAUAUUGAAGAUGUAUUAACAAAAAGGAAAUAACACAAAAUGGAAGGGCCGAAAACAGAAAUGUGUCCAGAAGAACAACCAACCGGUGAAAGGUGGGACCCUUUGGGGGCUCCAAACGACGACGAAGAAAGCAAAAAUGUGGACAGACCUGAAAACGACUAUUGUGAUAACCAACUAACAUACGAAAAAUUACGAAACUUAGAAGAGGAGCAGGAACUUCUUAACUCAUCUUUAUUUGCACUAACCACGCAUUUCGCCCAGGUCCAAUUUCGCCUUCGUCAAGUCGUCAACGCCCCCCUUGAAGACAAAGAGGAAUUACUUAAGUCACUAGAAGAGUUUGCUUUUCGGGGUAUCCCAGACAUAAGUUUAGUCAAAGAACGAAUGGAUGAAGCCAGUUUAGCGGAAGCCGUGCGUUUGCGAAGAUCACAACAAAAAGAAUUAAUAGACAGGUUAAAAUCCCAGUUAAGGGAACUCGAACAAUACGCUUUCGAAAACGGCGAAGCUGGAGUACCGCAGGACGUUGUUUUGGAACGACAACGAGUCAUUCUAAAUGAAUUAAAAACGAGAAUGAAUUUGGAAAUCGACGAACGUAAUUAUCACCAGAUGACAUCAGCUGACGUGAAGCAACAAAUAAAUAUUGCUUUAGACCAGCUAAUUAGUCCGUUGAGGGUCAAAGAACAUCUGGUGGCGCAAUUAAAAACUCAGGUUGCUGAUCUGGAACGCUUUAUAAAUUAUCUACAAAGUGAUACAAAACAUGACAAGUGUUCAUGUGGGUGCGCUUAUCAUUCUUUAAAAAAACCUUUCAAGUCUGAUACUAUAGGUUUAAUACAAAGAACUGCCACUUUAUUACAAAUGUUCGCCGUGCUUCAAUUGGGAUGCGGCGCACAUACAUUUAGGAAGAAUGAUCUCAAAAACAGUAUGAAAAUUAAUCAUUGGGGUGAUUUGAGAGCUAAGCUCGAAAUGGCCAUUUUUCGCAUCAAAGAAUUGGUAAACGAAGAACAGAAGUUCAUGCCGACGGACUACAAUAGCGAUUCGGAGUCCACGAUAACGUACAACAGUCAGUUGACGACCGCCGUACGGAAAUAUCUCGCGACCAGUAUAAGAGAUUUGAUGCAACAUGGCGCAACAACGUUUGUAAAUAAUUCAAGUAUUGUUCCUUUCAUUGGAUGUUUCCCACGAAGAGGUUCGUCGUCAAAUACUCACAUACACGCCUGGGAAAUUAUCCUCGAAUAUUACCAUUUGAAAAAUGGCGAGAAAUUUAAUUCGACGCCAGCGAGGAAACUAUCUCAGAGUUUUAAUUUAGACAUUGCUGGUGCCUCCCCUACUAGCAAUAAACACAACAUGCUGUGCACUAUUGGUAAUAUAAUAUCGACGCAUACUCCAUACAAGCGGAGUUACGACUCGCAUUUUAAGGCGUUCGUGUGCGCAGCUCUCAAUUCUAAUAAGUUGGUUUCGUGGUUGAGCCUAAUUUUCCAAUGCACUCAAAUAGUGAAAAUGCAUUACUACCCCUGGAGCUACGUUUUCAAGACAGGUUUUCAGGAUAGUUUAAAAAGUUUGGAUACAUUAACCGGCCUCAAGUUUGAUCUCCCCGUUGACCUUGCCGUAAGACAGUUCCAAAACAUAAAAGAUGUAUUUACUUAACUAUACUAGUCACUUCUUCAUGUUAUUGUACAUUUUUGUUAAGUAUUAUUAGGAAUAGAUCUGUUUUAAUUUGAUGGGUCCAGAAAACCACUUUGAAUUUUAAAAAUUUUGUAAAUCUAGUCAUAAGUGUAUCUUAAAUUUCAUAAACGUUCUUACGAAAAUAGGUAAGUUUUGGGGAUACAGGAAUAGUCGUUACGGCGAAAUAUCGCCACUUAAAUCGUUAUUUUUUGGACCUUUCACUUGUUAAUUGCAGUGUGUGUAAGUAUCAUGAAUGUUAUAUUUGUGUUUGCCAGAUUAAAUACAUUAUUUACAAAA